AUGCUCAAAAUUUAGAGAGUGAGAAACGGAUUUAUAUAUUUUGUUGAUGUCAGCAAAUUACAGGCCCUUUCUGUGUUGCCUGCAGGCUCGAACCAACAAGGUGCACAGCGCAGAAAAUCGAAAGAUGAAGGUGGAAAUCAUAAGUGCUCGCACAAAAGAAGUAUUACACACCUUAGAAGAUGCCUCGAUUUAUACCACAAUUGAAGAAAUUAAGAUAGCCUAUGAAAAAGUUAAGCCAAAGCUUUAUCCCUCAAGACAAGCAUACAGAAAAGAGCCCCGUGGAAAAAUUCUAAGCAAUGAUGCAACACUGCGGUCAUUGGAGUUUGACAACACUGCAAGGCUUUACUUUAAAGACUUGGGUCCACAAAUUGGUUGGAAAACAGUAUUUCUCACAGAAUAUGCUGGACCUUUUUUCCUGUAUCCUCUGUUUUAUGCACGGCCAAGCUUUAUUUAUGGCUCUGGAGCUAAUGCGAAGGCAAUCCACCCAUAUGUUCAUAUUGCGUGUGCAUGCUAUGUUUUUCAUUAUGGUAAAAGGCUUGCAGAAACACAUUUUAUUCACCGAUUUUCCAAUGGUACAAUGCCCAUAAUGAAUCUUUUCAAGAAUUCUAUUUACUAUUGGGGUUUUACAUGUUUCAUUGCCUAUUUUAUCAACCAUCCCUUAUACACCCCAGCAUCUUUUGGUGAUUUGCAAGUUUAUGCCAGCCUAGCUGGUUUUAUUUUUUGCCAACUUGGUAAUUAUUCCAUUCAUGUUGCCCUGCGAAAUUUAAGACCUGAAGGAACAAAGGAAAGAAAAAUUCCCAUGCCAACGUCAAACCCCUUUACAUGGUUGUUGAAUCUAGUUUCAUGCCCGAACUACACAUAUGAAAUUGGUUCAUGGUUUUGGUUUACUGUUCUUACCCAGACAGUAAUGUCUGGUGUAUUUACAUUUGCUGGUUGUUUUCAGAUGGUUCUUUGGGCAAUUAAAAAGCAUAAAAAUUACAGAAGAGAAUUCAAAGAGUACCCGCGUAAAAGAAAAGCAAUCAUUCCCUUUGUUAUAUAAAUUCAUUAGUUUACUGUGAAAAAUAAACAAAUUGUAACUUGUUUUUUUACCGUUUUAUAUCCUGAAUACAAUAGUUGUACUUUAUUCUUUA